CAGAGAGUAGAAGAGAAUGGCCAGAACCAAGCAGACAGCGCGCAAAUCCACCGGAGGGAAAGCUCCCCGCAAGCAGCUGGCGACCAAAGCGGCCCGCAAGAGCGCUCCGGCCACGGGCGGAGUGAAGAAGCCUCAUCGCUACAGGCCCGGCACGGUGGCUCUGCGGGAGAUCCGCCGCUACCAGAAAUCCACCGAGCUGCUGAUCCGCAAACUGCCCUUCCAGCGCCUGGUGCGAGAGAUCGCUCAGGACUUCAAGACCGACCUCCGCUUCCAGAGCUCGGCGGUGAUGGCCCUGCAGGAGGCCAGCGAGGCUUACCUGGUGGGGCUGUUUGAGGACACCAACCUGUGCGCCAUCCACGCCAAGCGGGUCACCAUCAUGCCCAAAGACAUCCAGCUGGCCCGCCGGAUCCGCGGGGAGCGCGCCUAAACGGAGCCUGGCCGGCCCUGCACAUUCACCCCGAGAGAGAGAAACCCAACGGCUCUUUUCAGAGCCACUAAACUAUCCAGAGAGAGCGAGAAGCGAUAGGGGACC